AUGGUACACUCGAUCCCUAUAACAAACAUCGCAGUUGGAGUGGAUGGAAUAAUUCAUACGGUGCCCGAUGGAGAUAACACACAGGACAAUGAGAGAAAGGGGAAUGUCACAUACGGCAUCGACGACAUACCGCCCUGGUACCUCUGCAUCUUCAUGGCUUUGCAGCACUACCUGACAAUGAUUGGCGCAAUAGUGGCUAUCCCAUUCAUCCUGUGUCCGGCGCUGUGCAUGUCGGAGACUGACCCCGACCGCUCCAACAUCAUAUCCACUAUGAUAUUUGUUACUGGGCUAAUAACAUGGCUACAAGCGACUUUUGGCUGCCGACUGCCCAUCGUCCAAGGUGGGACCAUCUCCUUCUUGGUGCCUACCCUGGCCAUCUUGAACCUGCCGAUUUGGCAGUGUCCUCCGGCUGAGGAGAUAAACAGCAUGACGGACGAGGAGCAGAAAAAGGUCUGGAUGAGCAGGAUGUGUGAGCUAUCUGGAGCUAUUGCCGUGUCAGCGCUGUUCCAGGUGUUUCUGGGUUACUUCGGCGUGAUAGGUUCGUUGCUGCGCUUCGUGACGCCCCUGACUAUAGCCCCCACAGUGGCGCUGGUGGGGCUGACGCUGUUCGAGCAUGCAGCCGAGGCAGCUUCUCAACAGUGGGGGAUUGCAGCCGGGACAUUCACGCUGUUGACAAUAUUUUCUCAGUGUAUGACUAAUGUCAGCAUACCGACCCUUGCGUGGACGAGGGACAAAGGGAUCACUAUUGUUUGGUUUCCACUCUUUAAGCUGUUUCCGGUAUUGCUAACAAUAGUAAUAAUGUGGGCGCUCUGUGCCAUACUGACUGUGACGGGCGUGUUCCCGCCGGAGCACUCAGCGAGGACUGAUGUCAAGCUGAACAUCAUUGAGGAUGCACCCUGGUUUCGGGUGCCUUACCCUGGUCAAUGGGGAGUACCAACAGUGAGUGUGGCAGGAGUGCUGGGCAUGUUAGCUGGAGUGCUCGCCUGCACGGUGGAGUCCAUCAGCUACUACCCCACUACGGCCAGGAUGUGCGCGGCUCCCCCACCUCCCCUGCACGCCAUCAACCGAGGUUUGGGCACUGAGGGCCUGGGCACAGUGCUGGCCGGACUCUGGGGCUCUGGGAAUGGAACCAACACCUUCGGGGAGAACGUGGGGGCCAUUGGAGUCACUAAGGUAGGAUCCCGUCGCGUGGUGCAAUGGGCGGCAGGUCUGAUGAUAGUACAGGGAGUGGUCGGCAAGCUGGGAGCCGUGUUCAUCAUCAUCCCGCAGCCUAUAGUUGGGGGCCUGUUCUGUGUCAUGUUCGGGAUGAUUUCUGCUUUCGGUCUAUCUGCGCUUCAGUACGUGAAUCUAAACAGCUCUCGGAACCUAUACAUCAUCGGGUUCAGUUUGUUCUUCCCACUGGUGCUGACUCGUUGGAUGGCGGCGCACAGUGGGGUCAUACAGACCGGGGCGGAGGCGCUGGACGCUGCGCUGCAAGUCCUGCUGUCCACCUCUAUACUGGUGGGAGGCAUUAUCGGGUGCUUCUUGGAUAAUGUUAUACCUGGUACGGAUGAGGAGCGAGGAUUAGCCGCUUGGGCUAAAGAGAUGAGUCUAGACGCAGCUGGCGCAUCCGAAGAGGGAGACACAUACGACUUCCCUGUAGGAAUGGGACUAAUACGAAGAUGGAAAUGGACUCAGUACCUGCCAUUUAUGCCCACAUACCAGGCAGGCAAGUUCACUGCACUGUUCACGAAGAAAGAAAACUGA